GGAGGUAACGUGUAGCUUCACAUCAAUUUUAAAUAGAGCAGAACUAUGAUCUACUCUUAGUUACUUGGGAAUUGAUUCUCCAGUGAACAGUACAUAUUGUGUAUUCUUACAGCGUUUUCGAAAUGCAUUUUUUCAUUCCAUUAUUGCUAUUCAUAUCCGUUGUUUCAUCGCAGUCAGAGGAAGACGAAAAGAUAGAUUACAAUGAUGACGAAAAGAUAGAUUACAAUGAUGACGGAAAGAUAGAUUACAGUGAUGACGAGGUUAAAUGUUUUGGCUUGUCAGAAAUGUAUUAAAGAUAUAGAAGCAGAGAUACUGAAUGUUACCCCUGCGAAAAAAAUGCCCAAAACAUUUAUUAUUGAUGGUGAAGGCAAUAUUGGAGAACCCAAUAUCGAAUACCGUAGGUCAGAGACGUUUCUAAUUGAUAUUAUGGAAAAUAUAUGCGACAGAAUGGAUAACGCAGUCAAAGUUAAGCAUAAAACAACCGGGGAAAUGAUGCUUUUCACUCUGGCUCUAGCUGAUGGAAAAAUGAAUCCACUUAUCAAUGAUAUUGAUAUACCAGAGGAUUCUGGUCUGGGUAAUAAUCCCAAAAUGUAUUGUGAAGACAUGAUGGAUAAAUAUGGCGAUGAAAUACUAGAGUUAUUCAAAGUUGAGGAGAAUUUGGUAGAGAAAAUUUGCACUACUAUAACAAUUUUUGCCCAACAAAUGAAAAAGUGAAAGAAGAACUCUAGGAAUGAAUGCUUCUCAAACGUUCCAAAUGACUGAUUUGGAAGAAAUAUGGAGGCACUUUUAUACUUUUUUGCAAGAUUUAUUGUGCAUUUACAAUUUCAUGGAUGAUGUAGUUGAACCAUGUUCAUAAACUACCGAAGUAUUUGAAAAUUGUUAUCAAAAGUCAAUGAUUUUGAAGUAUUUUAUUUUUAAGUUUGUCAGAAUGAUACUGUUUUAUUCCUCAUAUUAUUCAUUUGUAUUGCUUCUCAAUCGUCCCUACAAUGUGUUUGUUUUGGAAAUAAAAAUUACAAUACAGUUUAAAAUA